AUGCUCGAUGUUUGGGGUGCACAAGGCUGUAAUGUGACAAAUGGAGUACGAGGCCCUUUGAUACCAGGGGGAACGGGCGGCCAUUCUGCCGGUGUUUUUGUUGCUGUAGCUGAAACAAUGCUUUACCUCCACCUCGGAGGAACCUCAAACACAACUCAAAGUUUCUUAGCAACGUAUAAUGGCGGCGCUACAGGUGUUAAUGAUGCAGAUGGUUGUGGUGGUGGCGCUUCUGAUUUCCGUACUAAAAAAAGCGCCUGGAAUGAAAACUUAAACUCCCGCAUCAUAAUUUCAGGGGGUGGCGGGGGCGCUUAUGGAAGAUAUGGCCUAUAUUAUGGAGGAAAAGGCGGUGGCCAAAAAGGUGAGACAGAUUCCAGUGGUAUGGCUGCAGUAGGAACUCAAUAUGGUUGCGAAGGCCCCGAAUACUCGCAAUGUGGUACUCUCGGCGCCGGCAAAGGUGACUGGUUCGCCAAAUCUGACAUUUGUAAAGUUUCGAAUCUGACACUUUGUAAAGGGUCCAAGUUGUCAGAUUCGGCCUCGGCGCCAAAAUAA